GAACUGCAUACAAAAUUGGGUUAACUUUGACGCUAUCGAGAACGUUAAAGAACUCGCACUAAGCACACAGGCCGUUAUGCGUCGUGGUAGUUGGUAAGAAUAAUUGAAUGAAACUUGUAGUGAUAAUUGUGGACCGCAGUAAUUGUUAUAAAACGGGCCACGUGAGCUAUUUGUUUAUCUUUACCAAAAAAGUACAAUGACGCUGUCUACCUUGUAACGUACUUUGUAACCUUAUACAGCUCUGUAUGGCUUCCUUCGUCCACAUAGACGUAUUUAUUAAUUAAAUUACAUUGCCCGCUUUAACAAAGUCAGUUAGAAACUAAAUGUACACUCAAUUUUAGUAGAGUUUUUAAUAUGAAGUUUCUACAAGUUCUUUAUACAGUGAUAUACUUUUCUUUACUUUUAAAUCUUGUAGACGGACGACAAUUUCGUGUUACUGAUCAAGUGUACUUAGAUGUUAAGAAUGAAGACAAGGACCUGGGAAGACUUGUUAUUGGACUGUUCGGAGAUUUAGCUCCAAAAGCGGUGAAUAAUUUCAAAGUUCUCGCUACUAAAGGCAUAAAUGGGAAAUCGUAUAAAGGAACUCGGUUUAAUCGUAUCAUCAAAAGGUUUAUGGUCCAAGGCGGUGACGUCGUCUCCGAUGACGGUAGUGGUAGCAUUAGUAUUUAUGGAGAUACAUUUGACGAUGAAAAUCUGGAAACCCAGCAUAGUACAGGAGGAUUUGUGUCAAUGGCCAAUAAAGGUAAAAACACAAAUGGCUGUCAGUUUUUGAUAACCACCACUGGUGCGCCUUGGUUAGAUCAACUGCACACUGUAAUUGGGAAAGUCGUAGAAGGUCAGAAAGUGGUGCAUCUGUUGGAGCACACGCCAACCGAUGUUGAGGAUCGACCGUUGGAGCAUGUAUAUAUUUCAGACUGUGGUCUGCUGCCGACACCGCAACCUUACUAUAUCUCCGACGAUCCAUACGAUUUGUGGGCGUGGAUCAAGGCCUCUGCAGUGCCGCUGACGAUGUCAUUUUCGAUACUUGGUUUCUUUCAUUGGAUGAUUAGGAAAAUGGAAAUUUAAGAAAUAAAUAACAUAUAGAGUUAAACAUAAUAGUUAUAUAACAUAUUGCGCUGUAUUAUUGCAUUUAAUAAUAUUAAAUUUAUUUAUUAAUAUUGUA